AAAAGUGUAUGAAAAGAGUUUGUUUUUAGAGAGUGUGCAAUAAAGUCAAACUUGUGGAUGCGGUUUCAAAUUUGUGUACGUUAGUUGUUCAACUCGAUUAACAAACAAACGAAGCUGCCGCUGCAGCAAGCAACUAGGGUUUUUCAAUUUCAAUCUUCAGUUAGGUUUUUCGUUCGCUGAAACGAUGACUCGCGUCUAUAUUGGAAAUCUUGAUUCGCGAAUUUCUGAAAGGGAUCUUGAAGAUGAUUUUCAUGUUUUUGGAGUUAUACGAAGCGUUUGGGUUGCAAGGAGGCCACCUGGUUAUGCUUUCAUUGAUUUUGAUGACCGCAGAGAUGCGCUCGAUGCUAUCCGUGAAUUAGAUGGUAAAAAUGGUUGGAGGGUAGAGCUUUCUCACAACUCUAAAAGUGGGAGUGGAGGGGGAGGCAGAGGUGGUGGCGGUGGUGGUCGUGGUCGGUCUGGUGGGGGCGGUUCUGAUUUGAAAUGUUAUGAGUGUGGUGAACCUGGUCAUUUUGCACGGGAGUGUCAUUCUUCCCGUGGUGGUUCUGGAAGACGUCGGAGCCGUAGUCCGCCUCGAUUGCGCAGGAGCCCAAGUUAUGGGCGAAGGAGCUACAGUCCUCGUGAGCGGUCCCCUAGGCGGCGCAGCCCUUCUCCUCGUCGACGCAGUCCUUCACCACGUCGCCGCAGCUAUAGCAGGUCACCACCUCCUUACCGUGCCCGUGAGGGGGUAACACAAGCUAACGGAAAUGGGAUAAGGGAUGCACAUCGGAGCAGAAGUUGAUUUUUACCAGUUGGUGAAUGCGACUGUUCAGAAGAUAUCGAGAAUUUGUUAAUCUAGUUUUUUCAACUGCAGUACACAUCUGUUUUGUUGGGCAAUGCCCUGAGUUUCUACCCUAAUCGGUUUUAUUACUUUCUUGAUUUAUUGCCUUGUGUUCUUUUAUCUACACCGUAUUCUUCUAGUUUUGUUGCAGGUAAAACAGUCUUUAAGGUAGUUGCUACUAGGUUGUUAAAAAGUGUUGCGGAUCUUGAUAAAAUAUAUGCUUUUCUUCUGGUA